AUGUAUCUGUCAUACUAUUUCGUAUUGCUUACUCUGCCGUUAUACGUCGCGCAAAUAACGGUAUCAAAUGAAGGCGAUGAGGCAAUACAAGCAGCAAUAAGUAAUGACAACGAAAUAAAGACUGUGUCUGAUGACGGGAAAGCAAACGAAAAACGGUACAAAUGUGAAGUAUGCGGUAAACAAUUCUUACAUUCGAGCAUUCUGAAACGCCAUGAGGUGGUACAUAGCGAUGAAAAAAAUUACAUAUGUGAGGUAUGUAAUAAAGCGUUCAAAAGGUCCAGCGAUCUGAAGAGCCACCAAUUGUUGCAUGGAAACGAACAACCAUUCGAAUGUCAAGUGUGUAAUAAAACAUUCAAACGGCCCGAUGAUUUGAAAAAACACCAAGUAAUGCAUGGAAACGAACGACCAUUCAAAUGUUACGUGUGCAAUAAAGCAUUCAAACGGUCCUGCGAACUGAACAGACACCAAUUGACGCACAGAAAAGAACAACCAUUCGAGUGUUAUGUAUGCAAUAAAUCAUUCAAAAUACCUCGGAAUCUGAAGAUGCACGUAUUAACGCAUGAAAACGUGCUGCCAUUCGAAUGUAAAGUAUGUGGUAGGAAUUUCACUCGGAAAGAUAAUUUGAAUAGACAUAUGAAAAUGCAUAAAAGUUCGGAUGAAAAGCUUUAUUCUACUGUAAGCUCCUUAAUGUUAUCGAUAUCAGAUAUCAUUGACACAGAAAUAUCAAUAAGGGAAAUAAUUACAUUCGCAGGACUAUAA